AUGUCACACCUCACCACAGAAAAGCCCCGGCAUCCGCCCUUGAUCAUGGACUCCAUCCUCCAGAACAUAGGCAAUACGCCUCUUGUCCGCCUCAACAGCAUUCCCAAGUCUGCCAAUAUAGACUGCAAGAUCUACGCAAAAUGCGAGUUCUUCAACGCUGGCGGCAGUGUCAAAGACCGUAUCGCCUUACGUAUGGUCGAGGCGGCGGAGAAGGAAGGCCGUAUCAAGCCCGGACACAGCGUCCUCAUUGAGCCCACUUCAGGCAACACCGGCAUUGGGCUGGCGCUGGUGGGUGCGGUGAAAGGGUACAGAACCAUCAUCACGUUGCCGGAGAAGAUGAGUAGCGAGAAGGUGAGUGUGCUGAAAGCGCUGGGAGCGGAGAUCAUCCGGACGCCGACGAGCGCGGCGUGGGAUAGUCCAGAGAGCCACAUUGGCGUCGCUCGGAGGCUGGAGAAGGAGAUACCCGGCGGUGUCAUAUUGGAUCAGUAUAGUAACCCAAACAACCCGCUUGCGCAUGAGCUGGGCACGGCGAAGGAAAUCGUAGAGCAAACCGAGCAUAUAGAGGGUCGUCUGGCUGCUGUGAUCGCAGGUGCUGGCACCGGAGGCACAAUCACGGGCCUGGCGAGGGGUAUACGCAAGGCGCACGGUAACAGCGUGAAGAUCGUGGCUGCGGACCCGCAAGGUUCGAUCCUAGCGUUGCCCGCAUCAUUGAAUGACGACUUCAAAGACAAGCCGUACAAAGUGGAAGGUAUUGGUUACGACUUUAUUCCGGAGGUUCUCGUGCAGAAGGAAGUCGACCAGUGGUACAAGACCGACGACCGAGAAUCCUUCUACUGGGCCCGCCGACUCAUCCGCGAAGAAGGACUGCUAGUAGGUGGCAGCUCCGGCUCAGCAAUGACCGCCUGCAUGAAAGCGAUCAAGGACAUGAACUUCAGCAAGAACGACAGUGUUGUGGUCAUACUACCGGACAGCAUCCGCAGCUACCUCAGCAAAUUCGUGGACGACGACUGGCUGGCCGCAAACGAUCUGUUACCGCCUUCGCCACCACUUACAGCCCCUUCCACCCCGCAUAUGGAAGCCAAAGACAAAUCCGGGCAGGAGAAGCAAUCCAGCCGCCCCAUCUCCCGCGACGAAUACGCCCACGCCACCAUCGCCGAUCUCCGCCUCAAACCCAUCCAAACCAUCAGCUCCACCCAAACCGUCGACGAAGCCGUCGAAUUAAUGCGAGACAAAGGCUUCGACCAAAUCCCCGUCACCUCCCGCAGCAAAACCCGCCGUCUGAUCGGCCUCGUAACGCUAGGAAACUGCCUCUCCUACCUCUCCUCUGGUCGCGUUACAAUAGAUUCGCCUGUAAGUGAAGUGAUGUUCAACUUUAGCAAACUGGAUGAGGUGAAACCUUUGGAGAAGAACCCGGCCUUGACGGAGGGAGAUGAGACGAAGAGGCAGUUUGUGGAGAUUACGAAGGAGACGAGCUUGAAGGCCUUGGAGAGGUUCUUUGUUUGGAAUGCGGCGGCGAUUGUGACGGAGAGGGAUGGGGAGGGGACGUUGAGGGCGGUGGCGGUGGUGACGAAGGUGGAUUUAUUGGUUUGGCUUGUGAGGAGGGGAAGGUCGGAGGGCGGUAAAUGA